AUGUAUGCUAAUUAUAAAAUUGAUAGUAAAAGAUAUGAUGAUAUUGUAAAUGGCUGGAUAUAUCUUCAACCACCUGAAAUAGAAAUAACAUCUAUAAAUUUAUCUAUCUCAAUACCUCAAUCAGAAAUCUUGCCUAUAUAUAGCUUAUCAAGUGUUAAAAAUUCUGAGCAAGUAAUUUCUUUGAGCAAACCAGUGACAAAAAAGACUAGCAGAAAAAAGAAAGUCUCACAGAAUGAGGAACUUCCUAGUUCUAAUAUUAAUAAGACAAACUCUAAUGUAGAAUUAUCUAAAGAUGAAGAUCGAUCAAAAUCAAAAACUAUAAAUUAUUUUAUCUCAUCAAUACCAGGGAGUGAUGUGCAAGCUAGAAUGGAAAAUUUAUGA